AUGCCCGUCCUGAACCCUUUUCUGCGCGCGCUCUUUCAGAGUAGUGUGCUAGGGCAUGCUCUAGCUUCCCAGAACUAUGUCCUCCUCGUUCCCACCACCGAGUCGCUCCUAUACGGUCGGGAUCGUGAGACAAACAAGCGCUAUGCGGACCAGGCCGACGAUGAGGACUUUCUGGGGAGUCACAUCCUGCGCAUCACUCCCCCGACAGCAGGGAAAGAGGGCAAUGUCCGUGAUAUCCGUGGGAAAGCGAAGACCUACGCUACGGUAAAUGGGAGAUCUGUGAUAUUGAAGGAGAACAUUGUUUAUACGAAUAAGGGGUUCAAGCAGUUGACCCAGGCUACGCUCUUGACGGAUCUCCUGUACUUUUCUUCGGGGACUGAAAUGCAGCAAUGGCUUGUUUAUUAUAUAAGCAAACCUCUGACCGGGAUCUUCGAGGCAUUACCCAUCAAACCAGCUGUUAUCGGCCAGAGCAAACUCCUUCCUCCCCCAUCCGCCACAUCAUCCUCAGCCGAGCCAACGCCUAAGAAGAAGGACAUCAAGACCUUCAACGAGCUGCUCAACAGCUUUCCCAUGAUCGCGCGACAAAUGCAACCCGGCUUAGAGAGACUGUUUAAUGAGUUUGGAAAAGAGCUGGGCAGGCCGUUGCCCCCACCCCCUUCACGCAGCCCGACUUUGGGUUCUCUAGAUGGCGUGACUCAAACCUCGGAAAACGGCUCGAUCAAGUCCAACGGGUCGCUGAAACUGCCCUUCAAUUCUGCCGCGUACUUUGAGGACGAGGAAGAUUUGAUGCGUCGAGCCCUCGAGACGGCCGUAACCGCCGCAAUUGAUUUGUUCCAGGACGUCGACAAACAGCAGUUGUCGUAUCUCGGUGCCACCACAGACUUGACUGGUCCCGAUGUUGAGCGAUUAAUUGAGCGAUACGUUGCAGAGUAUGUUCACGAUCAGCUGUUGUUUCCCCGGUUGUGCGCCUUUUACAAAGCUCAAGAUCAAGAACUCGACCGUCGAAUGCGCCAGAUGGAUUGCCUGGACGUCUCUCAAGUUGGAAUAUCUAUCGAAGAGGGGCGAAAAGGCAAGAGGGAUUUGAUAGGCCGAAUAAAUCGCGGAGUUACUGUCUUUCGCAAGAUGGGAGUUGCCAGCAGUCCUCAGGAAAUGCUCGAUACUCUUCUUGAAACUCAGAGGGUGGUCUCUGAACAAGGGAUCACGGAUGAAGAAAAGCGAGCCGCAGCAAUGACAAUCAAUGCUGAUAUCCUGGUGUCCCUCCUACUCCUUGUCGUCAUCAGGUCUUCCGUGAGACACCUUCAAGCCAGACUAGCAUACAUGCAGCGAUUCAUCUACAUUGAUGAUGUCGAAAGUGGCGAGAUUGGAUAUUCGUUGAGUACGUUGGAAGCCGUCUUGACCUAUCUCGCACGAGAUGCAGGUGGCUUACGCAAAGCAUCGAAACAAAACCAACUGCUGUGGAACGCGGUCAAGGAGGGCAGGGUUGAAGACGUGAAGUCCGUCUUUGAAGAAUCAGCCAUUCUCACCGAUGACUUCAUAGACGAACCCAUAGAGCUCUCACUUUCGCGAAAGACGACGCUGUCCGCAGUUUCGACCCCGCGGGAUUCCCUUUCAAGGACUAACUCCAGCGAAGGUGGCCUGGCACAUGUCUUUCCCUUUCAAGCAGCUGAGAGGAGCCUGUCGAUACCGAAGGAGAAGAAAAAGGUUAAAAUGGCGGCGAGGAGUAUGUCAAUAUCGUCAACCUUCUCAUUCGCGUCCAGAGCUGCCACGAUCGAAACCAGUCUCAGUGGUAUUGAAGGCGACACAUCUGUCCAAAGCCUGGCCCAGACGCAGGACGGGGUCGGAAAUUCUGUGCUUAUGAUGGCGGUAGAAAGUCAACAACCGAAAUCAUUAUCGUAUCUGUUGAGUCUCCAUGAACAUUAUGGGACGGAGGACAUUCUUGACGACACCACUCAAGAUGGAGCAACCCUACUGAGCUCAGCUGUUCAACUCGCAAACACCGAACUAGUUGAUAUUAUCCUAGACUUUGCCGAACAAAACACAAACGAGACCCGAUUCAGGGAGUACCUCGCUGUCAAAGAUUCUCGAGGGCGUAGUGUGGCCCACUACAUCUUCAACACGCCUGGCUUGAUCAAAAGACUUGCUAAUGUGCUACCCUGGCGGCAAAAAGAUAAAAUCGGCCAUACACCUCUCUUUGCCAUUUGUCGAACUUAUGACCAUACUGAAUAUAGCAAUAUGGUUUCUGAGGCUCUGAUAGCGGCGAAGCACGCCCAAGGUGGCGACGGUCCCCUACGACUAGAAGACCAUACUGAUAACAAGGGCAAUUCCUUGCUUCAUAUCGUUAAUGAUGCGACCAUAAUGCAGCGGUUGCUUGAGUACUGCGAGGUCGACGUGAACGCCAUGAACGACAAGAAGUUUACUCCUUUGAUGCUCGCAAGCAAGUACGGCCGAGUCGACAUGGUGCGCAUAUUCCUGGGUGAUUCACGAAUAGACACACAUCUCCGUGAAGCAAGGGGUCUGACGGCGGUUGAGUUGGCCAAGGAUGAUGAGGUGCGAAACCGCAUCGACGAUCUCACACUCUUUUCCCCUUCCAAUGUGGCAGACAUGACCGGACGUAUAACAUCCAUAGUCCGGUCUUUCUUUGUCGAGGACGGCUCAACACGUUACAUUCUCAAGUCGGGGGCACCGAACCCCGCCGUGUCAAGCACUACCUACACCAUUACGACGAGUCGGCGAGCUCUCCAGGACUUUGAGAACCUCGCCAAAUGGCUUUCGAUGGACCAUCCGGCCUCGUACAUGCCGACGAUGCUCGCUUCGAACUUCCGCACUCCAUUUCAACUUCACUCACGCCCCUCACGUGCCGUCCUGUAUGACUCGCAGACUCAUCUCGACCGAUUCCUCAAGAUUCUCAUGAACCACCCCACCUUCUCAACGAACGAAAUGCUUUGGGAGUUCUUCCUCGUACCGGACAUGCUUCCAGACCAGAUGGCUCAGCGUGCACGCUUAAAGGCUGAGCUCGUGCAAGAAAAGAUCAGCGAUGACUAUGAGCCACUCACUGACUGGGGUGACGUUGUCGCAGUAGACAAUGUUGUCUCGCAUUCUCGUGAGAUGGUGCGGCGCGUGAAUAACAGUACCCGUGCCAUCGUCAGGCGAGGACACUUAUAUGUCCAGGCGCAGGCAGAUCUUGCCGAGAGCCUCAGUUUGUGUGCUGUGGCGUUUGCGACGAUGGGGACUCCGGCGACGACGUUACCUAGGGUACAUGUUGACACAUUCAUCCGGAUGGCGGGCCUGAUGCAUACGGAAAACGCAUCAAACCCACUCGCAAGCUACAUUUUGAGCAUGAGCAGUUUCCACAGCACGAUUACCGCGGUGCAGAGCGCUUUGCUCCGACCCGGCCAACUCAUUGAACGGAUCGUCACGUUACAAAAGAGCAUCAACAAGGGAAGGUUGAACCUGGCUAAUGGCCAGGUAGCUCGGAAGGGCGUACUGGGUGGCAUCAAUUUCCCAGGGAGCGAGGAAAGCAAGGCCAAAGCUAAGCAGGAUGUAGAAAAGAAGCUUGCAAAGAACGAAAUCGAGGUUGACCUGCUGGGCAGGGAAUUGAGAUAUACGCAGGAAGUUGUGGUUAGUGAACUCGCAGGGUGGACUACAUGGAGAGAGAGUUGGGGGAAAGAAGAAGUCAAGAGGUUGGCUUCUGCGAUGGUGGUGAGGGAGAGAGAGAGAUUGAAUGGAAUGCAGAGAGCGCUUAGAGCAUUGAAGGAGGCAUGA